CCGCCGCCCUCCACCCGCCCCGGGGUCUCUUUCCCCCUUCCUCCUCCUCCUCCUCCACCCCCCCCUUCCUCCUCCGCCCGCCCGCGGGGCCCCCCUCGCCUUCCCGCCCGCCCCUAUUGUUCCGCCCCCGGCCUCCCGCCCUUCCCCUUCCCGCCCGCUCCCCUUUUCCCCUCAGUCGCCUCGCGCCUGCAGUUUUUGGCUUUCACCCCCACCAGUGACCAAAGACUUGACCACUCAAAGUCCAGCUCCCCUGAACACUGCUCGACAUGGACACCGGUGUGAUUGAAGGUGGAUUAAAUGUCACUCUCACCAUCCGGCUACUUAUGCAUGGAAAGGAAGUUGGCAGUAUCAUCGGAAAGAAAGGAGAAUCAGUUAAGAAGAUGCGUGAGGAGAGUGGAGCACGUAUUAACAUCUCAGAAGGGAAUUGUCCUGAGAGAAUUAUUACUUUGGCUGGACCCACUAAUGCCAUCUUCAAAGCCUUUGCUAUGAUCAUUGACAAACUGGAAGAGGACAUCAGCAGCUCUAUGACCAAUAGCACAGCUGCCAGUAGACCCCCAGUCACCCUGAGGCUGGUGGUCCCUGCUAGUCAGUGUGGCUCUCUCAUUGGGAAAGGUGGUUGCAAGAUCAAGGAAAUACGAGAGAGUACAGGGGCUCAGGUCCAGGUGGCAGGGGAUAUGCUCCCCAACUCAACUGAGCGGGCCAUCACUAUUGCUGGCAUUCCGCAAUCCAUCAUUGAGUGUGUGAAACAGAUCUGCGUGGUCAUGUUGGAGUCCCCCCCGAAGGGCGUGACCAUCCCGUACCGGCCCAAGCCGUCCAGUUCUCCAGUCAUCUUUGCAGGUGGUCAGGACAGGUACAGCACAGGCAGCGACAGUGCGAGCUUUCCCCACACCACCCCGUCCAUGUGCCUCAACCCUGACCUGGAGGGACCACCUCUAGAGGCCUAUACCAUUCAAGGACAGUAUGCCAUUCCACAGCCAGAUUUGACCAAGCUGCACCAGUUGGCAAUGCAACAGUCUCAUUUUCCCAUGACGCAUGGCAACACCGGAUUCAGUGGCAUUGAAUCCAGCUCUCCAGAGGUGAAAGGCUAUUGGGCAGGUUUGGAUGCAUCUGCUCAGACUACUUCUCAUGAACUCACCAUUCCAAACGAUUUGAUUGGCUGCAUAAUCGGGCGUCAAGGCGCCAAAAUCAAUGAGAUCCGUCAGAUGUCUGGGGCGCAGAUCAAAAUUGCGAACCCAGUGGAAGGAUCUACUGAUAGGCAGGUUACCAUCACUGGAUCUGCUGCCAGCAUUAGCCUGGCUCAAUAUCUAAUCAAUGUCAGGCUUUCCUCGGAGACGGGUGGCAUGGGGAGCAGCUAGAACAAUGCAGAUUUCAUCCAUUAUCCCUUUCUGCUGUUCACCACCACCCAUGAUCCAUCUGUGUAGUUUCUGAACAGUCAGCGAUUCCAGGUUUUAAAUAGUUUGUAAAUUUUCAGUUUCUACACACUUUAUCAUCCACUCGUGAUUUUUUAAUUAAAGCGUUUUAAUUCCUUUCUCUGUUCAGCUGUUAAUGCUGAGAUCCAUAUUUAGUUUUAUAAGCUUCUCCCUGUUUUUUUUUUUUUUUUUUUGGCUCAUGAAAUUUUUUUUUUCUGUUUGUCAUGGAAAUGUAAGAGUGGAAUAUUAAUACAUUUCAGUUUAGUUCUGUAAUGUCAGGAAUUUUUCAAAAAAAUUAAAAGAUGGACUGGAGCUUUUUCUUUGUGAAUAGAAACUGGAUGCCACAGUGA